CCACCCUCACUAUUUCACCUCCAUCAAUCGAUCCCAAUUUGCACCAAAAUUACGAAAUGGACACCGGCGGAAAAUUGAAGAAGGGAGCUGGCGGAAGGAAGGGCGGCGGCCCGAAGAAGAAGCCGGUCACCCGCUCCGUCAAGGCCGGCUUGCAGUUUCCGGUCGGCAGAAUCGGCCGGUAUUUGAAGAAGGGCCGUUACUCGAAGCGUGUGGGGACCGGCGCGCCGGUUUACUUGGCCGCCGUGCUUGAGUAUCUCGCAGCUGAGGUGUUGGAGUUGGCAGGUAAUGCUGCAAGAGACAACAAGAAAAACAGGAUCAUUCCAAGGCAUGUGCUGCUAGCUGUGAGGAACGAUGAGGAGCUUGGGAAGCUUCUGGCUGGAGUCACCAUUGCUCACGGUGGAGUUCUACCGAACAUCAACCCGGUUCUUCUACCUAAGAAGUCGGAGAAGGCGGCAGAGAAGUCACCGAAAUCUCCAUCAAAGGCGACAAAAUCUCCCAAGAAGGCUUGAUGAUGUUUGUGGAUGCUGUUCCCAGGAAGAAGGAAGUCCUAGUGUUGUGGUUGAAUGGCAUUAUGUAAUUUGAAUUGUUGUUGGUUAUGUAGGAAAGUAGGCUGUUGAUAAAUGGAUUAACAAUCUGUGUACUAUCUUGUUGUAUUGUUUGUUGUUAGAAUUGAAUGGAAAUGACUUUAGAUUUUCAA